AUGGCUGACCGAGGACUUGCUGUGGCUGGAGUGCCCAGUGAACGCCUCUCGCAGUUGGCAUCGCCACAGCUGGUGCAGAGGACACGACGGGAGAACGCUUUGGGCGCGGGUCACUCUGCUUUCAAAGAUGAAAUGAGUGCCAUAUUGCGCCCAUGUCACCCUUGCAGCAGCAACAACAGCAGUAGGAAGAAUUCGGCGAGAGGAAAGGUGGCAGCUCCCCAAGGGUACGCGGGCAAGUCGACAGCACAACUCAACAACUCCCUCUUUAGUCAUGGCAGCAAAAAGCAGUCCCCCGCUGCAAACAAGUCCGAUCAAAUGACCUUCCUUUUCUCCUGUGCAAACCCCACCCCCCAAACGCCUUACAGAGGAGGAACGCGAUCGUUGAGGCAGUACGUUUCCGCCGAUCAGCUUCCUCAAGCUUUCUGCACCAAAUUUCAAGUCACAGACCCCUUAAGCGGCCGCACAGAAUUCAUGACUGCCCGGAGGCCGGGGAAGGCCUCAGCUGAAGUCAAUAUUGCGAAUUUCGACUCCUACAUGCUCUCAAAAGAACGACCCUUCUCCUUGCAGAAGGGCAAGGACAACAUAGACCACGACAUACUGGGUUUAAUGCCCAAGACGAACACGGAGUUGAAGUUUUCGGUGGGAACCAUUGCUAGGCAGCAUCAAUUGCCUUCCCUCGAGUGCAGAGAAAACUGGAUGACUCCCACAGCCACUGCCAACGUCUAUAGACCUUUGGGCCUCUCGAAGCGCCACAGUGCCUUCCCUUGGACACCAUCCGACACCAACAACAUUGCCCACAUGUAUGGAGGGCAGUCUAUGGCAUCUCCCCGCACUACGCGGGCUUGCAUCAGACCUGCAUUCAUUUCCUCCUGA